AUGUCUUGCUUGCUUUUCAGUUUUUUGGUGAGUUGUGCACAGUUUGAUGUUGUGAAAGCAUCUGGAUUGGUUCCUCCUGUGAUGCGAUCAUACAAUGAUAAUAUUAAUGGGGAUUGGGAUUUGACAGAAGGUAAAGUGAUGAUGGUUGAUUCUUGUACCAAUGCACAGGAUCUUGUUGGAAUAAUUGUAGUUGCUGCUCAUUCUGGAAAAAGGUUUUAUGUUGAUUCUGUUGAUGUAUUUACGGGUGUAGCUUUCCCCUCUGUCAGUGUGGUUAUUAAUUUUCUUCAAGUGAAGCUGUCAGCUCAACAUACUGACACUUACAAUGCUAAUGAAGUCUACAGUUUUUGCCUGCAUUGUGAGGCUUCUCUACAGUUUAUUCACUCACUUUGCCAGCGAAAACUCUUUCGUGAAUGCAUUGUUAAGAAUAAGUGCAAUAUGAUGUUGUUCAGUUUUUGUAAUCUAAUAUUGAUUUGCACUCACACAGGUACCUCCAUUUUUCCUGGAUAUACACCUGGAGAUGGCACAGGCAAGGAGUAUCCUUUGGGAGCUGCCCUUGAGGCCACCAAAAAUACUUUGAUUCAAGACAGUAUAAAACUCUUAUUGGAUUUCCGUGUUGUUUUUGAUCAAGAGUUAGGAUUGAUAUUGAAGCUAAGAGACAUGAUGAUUUGUUGGAUACAUGAAGGGUUUCAGAGCUUCUUUAGAAAACUUAAUGAUGAGUUACUGAAACAAGAACGUGCCCCUUUAUAG